CGGCGCAUGCGCAGAGCCGUCGAAGGUGCCAGAAGGAUCCGGGCGGGGGAGGCGGCGGAGGCGGUGCCACCACUGACUGUCACCCUCUCCAGCUGCCACCACUGACCGCCACCCCUCUCCAGCUGCCACCACUGACCGCCACCCCUCUCCAGCUGCCACCACUGACCAUCACCCUCUCCAGGUGCCACCACUGGACCGUGACCCUCUCCAGCUCCACCACUGACCGCCACCUUCUCCAGGUGCCACCACCGGACCGUGACCCUCUCCAGGUGCCACCAGCCCCGUGUCCCUCACCGUGGAGUCCCUGCGCGCUCUCUCGCAGCUGCACUCCCCGCAGGGCGGUGGAGUUGGCACCGGCGCCCACCACGGCCACCGGCGGGGCCAGCCCGGGGAGGCGGCGGGCCGCACGUGGCGCCGCUGGCCGGGCUGGGAGGAGGAGGAGGAGUGCCUGGACUUCUACGGCAUGCUGUCCCUGCACCGGCUCUUCGAGGUGCUGGCCGCGCAGCUGACGCCCAGCGACGUGGCCGUGCUGUCCUUCCUGCUGGACGAGGCGCUGGGCGACGGCGACGCGGCCCCGCGGCGGCCCCGGGGGCGCGGGGACCCCCGGGACGGGCUGGAGCUGCUGCUGGAGCUGGAGCGGCGCGGGCUGUGCCACGAGGGCGACCUGGGCCAGCUGCGGCAGCUGCUGCGGCUGCUGGCGCGCCACGACCUGCUCAGGUGUGUCACGCUCAAGAGGCCGCGGCCAGUGUCCCCCGAGCGCGUCCCCGCCGUGGGGGGCACCUGCCCGAGCCCCCCCCAGCCCCGCCCCGAGCGCUGGGAGACAGGCUCCAGCUCCGGCUCCAGCUCCGGGAAGCGGAAGCGCAGCGCCCGGAAUUCCCGAAAUUCCCAAAAUUCCCGAAAUUCCCGAAAUUCCCGAAAUUCCCGACGGACACGGCGACCCCGAGACCCCCCCCAGGACCCCCCCGAGCCCCCGGCCAAGGUCACCUGCGACAUCCGCCUGUGCGUCCGUGCCGAGUACUGGGAGCUGGGUUAUACUGGGUUGUACUGGGUUAUACUGGGUUACAUCCGUCUCCGCGUCCGCGCCGAGUACUGCGAGCACGAGCGCGCUGGGUUAUACUGGGUUAUACUGGACAUCCGCCUGCGCGUCCGCGCCGAGUACUGCGAGCACGAGCGCGCUGGGUUAUACUGG